GUUCUCCAAAUUUCAUAAGAAACUACCAUAUCAUAUCAAGUCGGAAGAAGAGAAUGGCGCGGGAAGCCAACCAUUUGAAGUCCGCCUGGGUCACUGACUUGUGGGCCCGACCGUGAGCAGGAGCAGUAUUGUACGAGGGCCUUACGUCAGCAUCGUCACUCUGUGGGGCCAGGAUGUAAGUGACAGCGACGAGAAUUCAAGCAACUACGCGGGUGGUUUAACGGUAGGGAGAGCUAUAUAAAUUGGGGAAUCCUUCGUCUAAUCGGCUCGAUCGGGUUCUCAAAACUUCUCGAAGUUUCCAGUGAUUUCACCCCACCCCUCUCCCUCCUCCCCCUCACCAAUUUCCCCGACUCUGUUCUAGAAGCUUCUGGAAGGUUCAGGAUCAGGGGGGCCGUAGGUAGAGCUCGCGCGUCUUCCCGGAUCACGGCGAUGGCUACCGGCACCGGCACGGGCGCCGUCUCAGGGCCGCCGUCGUCGUUGGACCUACCGCUGGGGAUCGUCGGCGCCGUGCUCCGCAGGCUCCACUCCUCGGCGGACCGCGCCGCGCUCCGCUCCGUGUUCCGCCGCUCGUGGCGCGCGGGCGCGCGGGACUACCCGCCCCUGGUGCUGGCGCCGCCGCUCCCUCUGGUCCUGUACCCAAACUUCGCGCUCGCCAGCGUGUUCUCCGACGGCGCCGCGGCCGCCGGCCACCGUGUCCCGCUUCUCGCCGCGCUGCUCGACGGCGCCUUCCCGGGACAGUGCAUCGGCUGCUUCGAGGACUGGCUCGUCUGCACCUGGCUCCGCCUGAGCAUCCCGCUGUACCCCACCGUGGGCGCCGAUGGUGGCUGCGUCUUGGUGAACCCUUUCUCCGGGGAGAAGGUGUCGCUGCCGAGCCCGACGGCCACCCAUUCAUGUGGCGCCAUUCAGAGGUCUGUGCCUGUCAGCAAUGGCGAUGGCGAGGUGGUGUGCACCAUCCAUGCCGAUGAAUACGCAAUGGCUCUCUACAAGGCAGUUCUGUCCGCGCCGCCCAACGCUGGCUCGAGCUCGAGCUCUUCCUCUGAGCUAGACCUCGGCUCCAGUUGCAUUGUCGCUGCGGUCUCUCAGAGAAAGGGAGAAUACAAGCUUGCCUUCUGCACUCCAGAAACGCCAUCUUGGUGCAUAUGUGAGGGCAACUGCAUCAAGAGUCACAUUGACAUUGAGUUCUAUCUGGGGAAGCUCUACAUGGUCGACACCCGCAAUGGAGAUCUCUUUGCCUUUGAGCUUGAGGCACAUGAUCACGUCUUUCCGGUGGUAUCUCUCGUCGAGCGCUGUCUGAUUGAGAAGCUGCCCUCAGCUGAAGAUGGUGACCGGCAAACUUACAAUCUUGUGCAGUCUCUUGGGAAGCUGUUGCUACUUGUCAGAUACUUCAGAGAGAGCUGGGACCAAUUUGUUGGAGUCAGAGUAUUCGAAUUGAGCUUCAACUCAAACCCUUGGAAAUGGAUAGAAAAGAAGAGCUUGGAUGGCGAGAGCAUUUUCAUCAGCUCAUCCUGCAACAAGUCCUUUGCCGCCUCUCAGUAUGAGGAGAUUGAAGAUGACCGCAUCUAUUUUCUUGAUAGCCUCUGCCCUAAGUUCAACCCUAAGAAGUCAGACAGCUAUUCAUAUUGUUCCCAGGUUUACAACAUGAGAGAUGGAACAAUCAGUCCAUUCUUGAUUGGGACAGGACCAAUGAGCAAUUACUUGGGGUUCCCAAUGUGGUUCUGUCCUACUCAAUAAAUCGCAGCACCGAAGAUGCAAUUGUUGUUGGCUUUGUGAAUCAUUUUGAUUCUGUGGAUCAUGAUGGUGUCUCCAUGUCUGGGAAAUGAGAUUGUAAAUCAGCAGAAGCUUCUGUUGUUUCUGGAUGAAUAAUACUGCAAAUAGUAUAACCUCCUGAA